AUGCUCAAUCGAUCGACUGAUCGCUACCUCGCGGUGGCCGUGGCCGCGGCCGCAUUGGCCUCAGCCUCCACGCCCGUCGUCCCUGGCCUUGGCGUCAACUGGGGCACCAUCAUGUCCCACCCCAUGCUCCCUUCCACCGUCGUGCAAAUGAUCCAAGACAACGGGAUCAAGAAGGUGAAGCUGUUCGACGCCGACGAAUGGACGCUCAGCGCCUUCGCCGGCACCAAUAUCGAGGUGACGAUCGCCAUCCCCAACAACCAGCUCGCCCGAAUGAGCGAAAACUGUAAAAACGCCAAGGAAUGGGUCAAGGAGAACGUCACCAAGUAUGAUCAUGCAGGAAUCAAAAUCAACUAUGUCGCCGUUGGAAACGAACCAUUCCUGACCAGUUACAACGGGACUUUCAUCAAGACGACGUUUCCGGCGCUGAAGAACAUCCAAACGGCCCUCAAUGAGGCCGGCGUCGGAGACAGAAUCAAGGCUACUGUUCCCCUCAACGCCGACGUCUACAACUCCCCAUCCAGCAAUCCCGUACCGUCGUCCGGCGACUUCCGUUCCGAUAUCCACGACCUUAUGGUGGACAUGGUGCGCUUCAUGCACUCCCACGGAUCCCCGUUCAUGGUCAAUAUCUACCCCUACCUCAGCCUCAACCUGAACCCCAACUUCCCGGUCGACUACGCCUUCUUCGACGGCGGCGGCCGCUCGAUCAGCGACAACAACCACCAGUACACCAACGUGUUCGACGCCAACUUCGACACGCUGGUGUGGGCGCUGAAGAAGGCCGGAGUGGGAGACAUGAAGAUCGUGGUCGGGGAGGUCGGGUGGCCCACCGACGGCAACGAGUACGCCACCCUCUCCAGCGCCAAGCGUUUCUACGACGGGUUCCUGAAGCGGAUGGCCGAGAAGGUGGGGACGCCGUUGCGUCCGGGGCCCAUGGAGGCGUACCUCUUCGGCCUCAUCGACGAGGACAUGAAGAGCAUUUUGCCGGGCAACUUCGAGCGCCACUGGGGGAUCUUUACCUACGACGGCCGGCCCAAGUUCCCGAUGGACCUCUCUGGAAACGGCAACGACAAGUACCUGGUGGGGGCGAAGGGCGUGCAGUACCUACCGGCGCAGUGGUGCGUGCUGAAACCGGAGGUGAAGGACGACUCGCUCGUGGGGACCAACAUAGACUACGCCUGCUACAAUGCCGACUGCACCUCUCUGGGCUACGGCUCCUCCUGCAACCAACUCGAUAACAGGGGAAACACCUCCUAUGCCUUCAACAUGUACUUCCAGAUGCAAGACCAGGACGUUCGGGCGUGCGACUUCGAUGGCCUCGCCGUUACCACCACCGUCAAUGCCUCGCAAGGCAACUGCCUGUUCCCGAUCCAGAUAGUUAGCUCGGCGCCGAUACCGCUGGCAGUGGCCCGUCUCGCUAUCGGCAGGGUCGUCCUGGUGGCGAUCGUCGCCUGCGCACUUGUGUUCAUAUGAGCGGAAUAGGAGUGAUCAUGACAGAUCGAUGUUUCUUGAUUGCUGUGGUGGUACUGGUAACAUGCAUUUCAGAAGAAAAUUUUAUAACUAGGUUAAAGUUA